CUCCUCUUGUCGCCGUGGUAACGGAGGAGGGGGGCUGACGGGAGGAGAGGGACCGGAGCAGACUCAUGACCGCAGCUCCUCCGGUUUUCUCCGGUUACACGUCGUUAUUUGCGGGAGUCGCAGCAGCAUCAGCUCGGUCGGUGAAGAAGCAGAAGCAGAUCGUCCUCACCUCCAGCACAUUUCUACCGUCGGUUGACCGGGGGUCGACAUGUCAGACGUAGUUCCUCCAGAAGUGAGACCUAAACCUGCCGUCCCUGCCAAGCCCCCAAAUGUGGGGGCUCCUUCCCCCUCCAGCCCCUUCCCACCCCAGGGGCCGGGCAUGGGAGGAGGCGUCGGCAUCCCUGCUCCCCUUCCAAGUGGUAUUCCAGUUCCAAUCGGGAGUCAUGGCCCCGUAGCCAGUCAUGUUAUUGGUCAUGGCGUGGGCCACGGUGCGGCCAAUAGUGGGGGUCACGCUGCAGCGCACAGCGGAGGUCAUGGCCACACUGGCUCCCACAGCUCCGGUGGGGGGUCCACACUGCUGGGAUACAUUGGUAUCGACACCAUCAUUGAGCAGAUGAGGAAGAAAACCAUGAAGACAGGAUUUGACUUCAACAUCAUGAUGGUUGGUAACAGCGGUCUGGGAAAGUCGACUCUUGUCAACACCUUGUUCAAGUCCCAGGUGAGCAGGAGGAGCGCAGGAUGGUCCCGUGAUGACAAGAUCCCCAAAACUGUGGAGAUCAAAUCAGUGUCUCAUGUCAUUGAGGAGGGUGGUGUGAAGAUGAAGCUGACUCUCGUCGACACUCCAGGCUUUGGGGACCAAAUCAACAACGACAACUGCUGGGAGCCCAUUUCCAAGUACAUCAAUGAGCAGUAUGAGAAGUUCCUGAAGGAGGAAGUCAACAUCACCAGGAAAAAACGCAUCCCCGACUUCAGGGUGCACUGCUGUCUCUACUUCAUCUCCCCAACGGGACACUCUCUUCGGCAGCUAGACCUGGAGUUCAUGAAGCGCUUGAGUCACUCGGUCAACAUUAUCCCUGUCAUUGCCAAAGCAGACACGAUGACCAUUGAGGAGCGACAGGAAUUCAAACAGCGGGUAAGAAAGGAGUUGGAGAUGAGUGGGAUUGAGUUUUACCCCCAGAAAGAGUUUGAUGAGGACAUGGAGGACAAGAGCGACAAUGACAAGAUCAGAGAGGCGAUGCCCUUUGCUGUGGUCGGCAGUGACAAAGAAUAUCAAGUGAAUGGCAAACGGGUUCUGGGGAGGAAGACAGCGUGGGGAAUCGUGGAAGUUGAAAAUCCCAACCAUUGUGAGUUUGCUCAGAUGAGAGAUUUCCUGAUCAGGUCCCACCUCCAGGAUCUGAAGGAGGUCACCCAUAACAUCCACUAUGAAACUUACCGUGCCAAGAGACUGAACGAGAACGGAGGUCUACACCCAAUAACCUCCAACGGCACCCAAGAAAGCAACCUGUAGUCAGUCAGGGGAAGAGUUUAGGCAGAGUGAAAAUUAAGUUGUGCAAUGAAGCUGAUAGAUGAAGCCACAAAAUAAUAUCAUCACAUAGAUCUGUAAAAAUUAGUGUCACUUAAUUUGUUUUUUCUCAUUCCAAACUUCCAAACCAUCAAUUUAAUCCUGAAACAUAUCAAAACCUUUCAGUUCGAUUUCAGAGUCAUUCCCCCAGAAUAUUUGGAUGAAAUGUGAUUCCCACCCAGAGAUUUAGUGCCAUUAUAAAGAGGAACAUUUUAUCUACUGCCAAAGUAUUUUCACUCAUCAUUGUCUGGGUAGCAUGAGCUUAGAAAGUGCCAUGUUAUUGUGUGUAUAAGAGGCUUAUUUUUAUGUUUUUGUGUUGUGUAGCAACUGAUGUUUAAAUUCAGACACAUGAUCUGCUUUGCUCUCAAUAUAAAAAUCAUAAUUCCUGUGUAGCCAGUUGACUCUGUACUUAGGUGUUUUUUUUAUCCUCAUUUAGCCACUGCUCAUUUGAAGAAACCCUGCGGCUCUGUUGUCAGGACGACUUAACAAACAUUGCAAGCACGGCUCCUUCUGUACUCUGUUGGAUUUGAUCAUUUUGAAAUAGUUUGUGCAGACCUGCGAAAUAUGACCAGAGACAGCUGGAACAACAGGCACAUGAAAUGCAGUUCUGUGGGCAGCAGUGUGUGUAAUGUCGGACUCCACAGGGUGCAUGACUGAGCUCACUCCAGAUUCUGUGACUCCAGGAUUCACCAAAAUAGAGCAAAAUAAAAAGUUUUGGACAGUACAGCUCAGGAUCCUUUGUUGCACCACAGUGAGCACACAGGACAGAGGAGUCGAGUCCAAUGCAUUGGUGCUGUGUUCACCUAGUUGACGAUUUGUUUUUACAGUGAUGGAGAAUAAUUAUACAACGAAUCAGUUGUUUUAUUAUUAUUAAAUUUAACUUUUUAGACAGACUAGAAUGAGCUAUUUUACCACUUAAAUGAACUACAUGCACCCAGUUUUAAUGUUGAAUUAAAAGCCUACAGUGGUUUCGUUCAAAUUUUUUUAUUCAUAUGAAUAAAAAAUAGUAGCAUGGCUAAUAAAAAUCUAAUUUCACAUAAAAACUCAUCCAACAAGAAUUGUCAUAUAUAGUGAAAAUGAAUGAAAAAUUGUUGCUCUAGUUUAUUUUAGUUUGCUGAUAAGUGCCAUGCAAAGUUUUACUGAACGCAGCAGAAUUCUGACCCAGACACAAGGACAGUAUUGUGCUUGGUUUGGUGUUGAGUCCCGUUUAAACUUCCUCUUGUUCACCACUUGGUGGCAGCACUCUGCCGCAUAAAAGCAGUGACUGAACAGAACAACAAACAGGUUUUCAAUCCAGCUUUGAUUCAUGCUGAUUCUACAACUUCUUUUCUGUGCUUUUUUUCAUAUAUGAAACCUGAUUUCAUUUCCCAGUGAUAUUUAAAAAGUUCUGGUCCUUGGCUGCUGUCGGUAAAAACUACUAUAUCUCUCCAGAUCCUUGUUUACAUAAAGCUUUAAGCUUUAACCCAAUGGUAUGCACUCACACCGGCAGGUAAUAAACAUGUUUACCAAAUUUUCACACAACAUUGACACUUUUCUGCCACGUGCAGUCUGCAGCACAGCGCAAAGGUGCCAAAACUAUUCGUUAUUUAAUCUUUUCAAUACCUAUCAACGUUUUUGUUUGAAGUUGAAUCUUGAUUUUAUACAAUCAUACAUGUUUGUGCGAUUUUGACCUGAAGUGUUGUGUCUGCAACCAAAACAUUGUAGUCGUCUGUGGUUUUAGUGCAGUCAAAGGUUUUCAAGCAGAAAUUUGAAAGUGUUUACGUGUGCAUGCGUGUAUCCAUGUUGCCUGUUUGCCUAUACAGCCAAUGUGUUCACAUAUCACUGCAACUUAUCAACUAUUUCUGAGUGUGUGACGUGUACAUUAAAUUGUUACAUCAUAA